AUGUCACAGCAAACUUGUCUUCGUGUCUCGUGUGUUUUAAUUCUAUUUCUCUUGAGCAUUCAACAAGGUUCCAGUGUUACAAAUCUACUAUUCAAUCCAGUAUAUCAAAGUCAAUCAUCAUCACCAUCAUCGUCAUCAUCAUCAAAUGAAUUUGAAAUGAUGCCAGACGGUGACUGGCAUGAAGUACCUGAGCCAUCUGUUAAUAUGUUUGAUACUGUGAGAAAUAAUAUUAAUAAUAAUAAUAAUACACCAUCUGGACAAGAUGUUAUAAAAAAUAUACCUGGAAUGAAUACAAUUCUUAGUCCGACUGGAUUUCAAUUCUAUGGAGGGAAUGAUGGAACAUCAUUGUUUUCUAUACCUCAGACUAAACCCCAAUCACAAGAACAGAGAUCACCGCAAUCUCAACCACUGUCGACGGGGAUUGCAGAUGAGGAAUUAGAGAAAUUCAUUAGUAGUAUUGGGGGAUAUGAAAAUGAUAAUUAUGAAGAUAUUCCAUCAGUGAGUCAACAAGUGAAUACACAACAAUAUCCUGUCUGGAAUAAGCUGACGAUGCAAAAUGGUUUUUAUCCUUCUCAACAAGUGCUAAUGCCACAAUCAUCAUCACCACCUCCAGCGGCACCGGCACCGGCACCGGCACCGCGUAAAACUGUCUCACAGCCUACGCCAUAUCCCACAAGUGUUCCAUAUCAAAGUAGAAGAAAUAUCUUUUAUCCUAAAUAUACAAGGAAUCUAAAUACACCAGUGCAACAGAAUACUCCUUGGAGAAGAAGUCCACUAUUCGCACCUCAAUCAUUAAAUAUGCUUCAGUAUAGCAGGCAGUCUACACAAUAUCCAUCAAACUUACAAAUUCAACGUAUUCACCUUCAUCAAAUCUAUAUUUGAGACAAUCUCGACUCCCCAUUGUAAGACAGAAUAUCCAGUUGAGUAAACCUCAGUAUUUGAAUGCGCCAAGAUUGAGGACAACUUUACAACCUUAUGGACAAGUGAUGAUGCCACAGAAUAAUAUUAGAGAUCCCAGAAUUUCGGUG